AUUAAACAAGCUUUUGAAUGGAGAGUAGGGGGGAGCUGUAUUAGGUGUGUCCCUGUUGCCAUGCCUGUGUGUGCUGCUCUCUUUGCUGUGUGGACAGCUGAUGGAGAAGACCUGAGUCCCUGGGAGGAUGGAGUUGUGGCUGCUCUGUGGCUCUGCUUGCUGCCCACCUGCAUGCUAACGGAGCACUCUGAUCGUGCUGUAGUGUGAAGCGCUGAAGGAGAAUUCCCUCCUCAGCUCAAGCAGUGACAUGCUCUGUGCCUGCACACCAGGAACUGUGGUUGCUCACAAGCCAGGGCUGGACUGGGCUGGUGAUCACAAGUGUGGAGAAGGGUGCAGAUGGGCUGUCCUGCAAUGCAGUACUGAACUACACGUGCGCUGCUGAGUCGUCUUGUGCAGAAACCUGAACCACGAUGCAUUUUGCAUACACCGCCAUUACUUCUUUUUCCCACCUUGGCCACAUUCAGAACUCAGAAGAUACUUUGCCGUCCUAGCAGAGCACGUUUACAGAUCCCAGGCGCCAGGUUUGGGCCCCGAUCACGCUUUCUUUCAGCAGCUGUGCUGCAGACGAGACGCGCGGCACGGAAUUUAGCGCUUGCUUCAUGAUGGGUUUGCAGAGCAGGGCUGAAUCUUUUUCCAGCCCAGUGAAGCCGUGUUUAGGUGGAACGCGCCCAGCAUUGUCCCGAACCCGCGGCCCCGCGGAGCAGCUCCCACCGCUGGCCACGAGGGGGCAGCAGCGCCGCGCCCAGCGCCUCCUACCCCCUCUUCCUCCCCCCCCUCCGCGCAGAGCGGCCGCUUCCGGCCCACGUGGGGCGCACGGGCACAUGGCCGCGAGUAUGGAGCCUACCGAGGACGUGGAGCGGCUCCUGAUCCAGUUCCGCGAUGAGACCGGCGAGCCGCUGGGUUCCCCCUUCGACGUGCCCGUCAGCAUCACGCCGGACAAGCUGCAGCUGGUGUGCAACGCGCUCCUGCAGCAGGAUGAGCCGGUGCCUUUGGCCUUCUUCUUCCACGAUGCUGAGAUCGUGGUUUCGCUGGAGAAGAGCUUGGCAGGGCAGGCAGUGGAAACGGAGAAGGUUCUCGACAUCAUCUACCAGCCGCAGGCCGUGUUCAGGGUGCGGGCGGUGACGCGCUGCACCAGCUCCCUGGAGGGACACACCGAGGCCGUCAUCUCUGUCGCCUUCAGCCCCACGGGAAAGUACCUGGCGAGCGGCUCUGGGGAUACCACCGUCCGCUUCUGGGACCUCAGCACGGAGACACCGCAGUUCACAGCCAAAGGUCACAGGCACUGGGUGCUCAGCAUCGCCUGGUCUCCUGAUGGCAAGAAGCUGGCCUCGGGCUGCAAAAACAGCCAGAUAUUUCUCUGGGACCCAGCCACCGGCAAUCAGAUCGGCCGCGUUCUCACUGGCCAUUCCAAAUGGAUCACGUGUCUGUGCUGGGAGCCGCUCCACAUAAACCCGGAGUGCCGCUACCUGGCGAGUGCUUCCAAGGAUGGCAGCAUCCGCAUCUGGGACACGCUGAUGGGCAGGUGUGACAAAAUCCUCACGGGCCACACGCAGUCGGUGACUUGUGUGAAGUGGGGCGGUGAUGGCUUGCUCUACUCCUCUUCCCAAGACAGAACUAUCAAAGUGUGGAGAAGCCAGGAUGGCAUCCUCUGCCGCACCUUGCAAGGCCACGCUCACUGGGUGAACACCAUGGCCCUUAGCACCGAUUAUGUUCUCCGCACUGGUGCCUUUGAACCUGCUGAAGCCACCAUCAACCCACAGGAUAUGAGCGGCUCCUUGGCAGAACUGAAGGACAAGGCACAGCAGAGGUAUGAUAAAGUCAGGGGCCAGGGACCAGAAAGGCUCGUCUCAGGUUCAGAUGAUUUCACACUGUUUCUUUGGAGGCCAGCAGAAGACAAGAAGCCACUGGAGAGAAUGACAGGUCACCAGGCAUUGAUUAACCAAGUCCUCUUCUCGCCAGACACCCGGAUAAUAGCCAGUGCUUCCUUUGACAAAUCAAUAAAGCUCUGGGAGGGCAGGACAGGAAAGUACCUGACGUCGCUGAGAGGACACGUCUCAGCCGUGUAUCAGAUCGCCUGGUCAGCCGACAGCCGCUUGCUGGUGAGUGGGAGCAGCGACAGCACGCUGAAGGUCUGGGAUGCGGAGACAAAGAAACUGGCCAUUGAUCUUCCUGGCCAUGCAGAUGAGGUUUUUGCAACAGAUUGGAGCCCAGAUGGACAGAGGGUAGCGAGUGGAGGGAAGGAUAAGUGUUUACGGAUAUGGCGUAGAUAGGAGCAGCGACACGAAGCCACCAGUCCUGGUCCUAAGCUGGCCUGCCCACUGGCUCAAUCUGUCUGGGAGAUCUGCAAGACGAUGGACAACGGAGGCUAUCCUGAACACAUCUCCUUGUUCCUGUCAGCUGCUGUCCCUCAUGGACUCUUUCCUUAUAUUUAUUUAAGGAAACUUUAUUUUCAGUUCUUAGUAAGAGCUAUGCUUUGCAGGAUCAUUUUCCUCUGAGCAUUACAAGAAUGAUAUCUCAUCUGCCUCCAUCCCAGCCUCCUUUUUAUUGACAUUUCAGCCUUAGUAGCCUCACCCUUUGAAAAAGAAAAGCACAGGGUGGGGACAUGUCAUGCUCUUCCUUCCCACGUGAAGAAUCCUGCAUGCAAGAAGGCUUUUAGUGGGAACUGAAAGGGUUGUCCUUAUGUGACCUUCAGAGAGGGAGAAGAGGAGGAAACUACACCACAUCAUUACAGUGCAGAAUUGUGCUCGGCUGCAUGCCUGAGACAGAGAUCUGCUGAGAACAUGGUCUCAGGGCUUCUCGUUAUUCCAGUACGGUUUUGCCUUUCCACACAGCCCGUUUACCCAUAAGCUGUGCCAAGCAUUAUCUGACAGUGAUUCUCCACAUCCACAGCAGCUAACUCAUAUGCCCAUCCAUUCAUCAUCAUCAUUCAUCCUGAGUGCAACAGGCAGCAGCAUCAAAUUGCUGCAAUAGCUGCAUAGAGUUUUCAGGUCUCGAUGGCUCUUUGAAAUGGGAAAAUGAAUCACUUGUGCCUUUGAACAGGGUGCUCGUUUCCCUUCCACUUCUGACUCGGGGAAGUAAGGAAGGGGUGGGGAGGGGGAAAGACGGAGCAGCAUUUUGGGUUUUGCAUGGCCCUUGCCCUGGAUAUGUGCUGACAGCAGGGCUGGGGCUGUCUCAGUAAAUGGCAAAACUUUUGUUGCACAGAA